AUGGUAGGGUACCUGUUAACAUGGCAACAUGGUCGAGGGCGGAACAAAAUCAAGGAGAGGUUAGACCAAAUGGUGGCCUCAGAUGAGUGGUCUAGAAUUUUCCCACAUGCUUCAGUCCACAACUUAAUUAGCGGCAUAUCAGACCAUUCUCCAUUACUGCUUUUAUUGGGUACAAAUCAACGGACUAAACGGCAUGUUAGCUUCAGGUUUGAAAAUGCAUGGCUUGGAGAGGCUAAUCUUGAUGAGACUGUUAUUCAUAAUUGGGCCCAAGGUGAUGUGAUGAGUAAGCUGAAUGCAUGCAGAGAUGGGUUGCGGAUUUGGGGACGUGUUAUACGUAGCAACUUCCUUAAAGACAUUAAAUUGCUUAAGACACGGCUUAAUGGUCUUCGAGCCCACCAGAGCAGUGAUAGUUUAGAGGGAUUUUUACUGGUACAAAAGCAGCUUAGUGAUCUGCUUCUUAAAGAAGAGCAAUACUGGAAACAGAGAUAA